AUGGCACCGUUGCGCUUACCAAAAUCUCGCCCCCGAUCGCCAUCGCCGUCUCUGUCAGUACAAACAGUAGCAGUGGUUGUGCUUCGCCAGCUCCGGCGUCUUCAAAUUCUCGCGUAUAUCUUGAUGGGAGCGUCUGCCGCGUUUAGCGCCGCUUUUCUGAUCUGGAAACUUGGAUCUUUGUUUCAGCAAUUCACAUUGGGAAGAAUUCUAGAAGAGCGAAAGCCGGUUGAGACUCGAUACGUGAAAACGUGGUAUGGUUGGAUUCCGCAAGACCGAUAUAACGCUAGAAGACGGAAAUGGAAGAAUCUGUAUUCGAUAUUCUGGAAUUGGUUAUCGUGGGAUGAUAGUGACGAUUACAGCAAAAUAUGGUGGGAUUCGCACAGCGGAGGAGACCAGAUGCGUUCCAAGAGAAAAAUUGGCUCCUCAAGAAGGCGCUCGAUACAAGCUUCAUUGAGAAAAAGAAAACUAAACCAUACUGUUGCCGAUGCUGUCGCUACGGAAAGGGAUAUCCCGGACCCUUCCAGUCCCCCCAAUACCUAUAUUUUACCGCAUCGACCUUCACUAGCAUACCUUACUUUUCCUUUCCACUUGAAACGGCUCAGUCCGGCAACGACUGUUGACAAGAAUGGUUCUUUUCUUGCCCCGGUAGGCGAUGGCGCACUUCAAGGAAGAAUCCCGCAGCCAGAGAAAGCUUCUCCCGAAUAUCCAGUGUUGAUGGGCAGAGUCUCUACGCAUGCUAUGACUCGUAAGACUCAACAGUUAAGGUAUCUCCGAAACUGGGCAACUCGUUUGGAGAUGGGCAGUCUGCAGUCGGUUCUACCUCACCAGUCGGGGAUUCUAGGGCGGCCAGGAAGUCCUAUGACCCCUGAUACUAGCAGCGGCUCUGGCCUCGGGCCAGACUCUGGUGGUAUAUCCCCUUCAGAUACAAGACAGAUUCGCCAGGAACAAAUCGAGCCCUUCUCCAAAGCUCUUGCAAACAGACGAUGCGAGGUCUUAGAUGUCGAGUUGCGUUUUAUGGAUACCCUGGACAGACACCUCGAAUGGUUACUCAAUGAGUGUCAGCCUGGUCAACGUGGGUUCAAAUUUCCCAUACUACCCAAGAACUGGAUCAACAAUCAGAAAUGGCUCGUUUACGUCAACCCUUGCGGUGCGUCGGUAGAAUACAUGCGACGAUACGCACAAUGCGACUUUGGGACAGCUGACUAUAAGGAAAGUAAUCGUAGAAGAAGCUCGGCUCCAGUCAGCCGCAGAAGAGUGCGGGCUGAUUCUAUCGAGUCAUGGAGAGCUGCUAUCAACAAAGUACGCCUCAAUCACGAUAUCGCGGAACUGCGCUCAGUCGAGGUCUUCCUGAGCUCGGCGGAAGAUGUUUUCGAGUCAGUGAUUGACCCAGCAGAUUGGAUGCUCCGGAGGCCACCGCAAGGAUUCGAAAUGCCUAACAGACAGAGAAAAGCGUAUUAUUACGGUGGAAUGGGUAGAUGGGCAAAACUCGAGGAGUGGCAGAUGGGUGGUGACACGAGUGAUGAAUCCGCUAAUACCUGGAAGAAUCGAAUGGAUGUUACCGCAAGAUUGGAAGAGUCUCGAAAGGAGUUUCGACACAAUCACGCCGAGAUUACGAAUGGAUUUUGGCAAAAGAGCAGUCUCGCAUAA